GGCUGCUUAGAACAGCCAUCGUAAUGCGUUUAAUUUAUUUAUUGGCCACCCUGGUGGUUUGUGCCUCGGCUGCGAGCUUAAAUAAGCAACCCACCGUAAAUGAGAAAGGAAAAAUUCGUUACGAUGAUUGCAAAGUUUAUAAAUUGCAUAUUGAAAAUAAAUUGCAAUUAUCCAUAAUUAACAUAAUUCAAAAUAUAAGUGAAAAGUACAACAUUUGGAAGGAUUACGAUGAGGCCACCAAAGAAAUUCAUAUUAUGGUUAAACCCCAAGAAGUUAAAAAUUUCCUACAACUUCUAAAGGUUUAUGGUUUAAAAAGCGAAUUAAUGAUAAACAAUGUUCAAGAAUUAAUCGAUGUGGAAGAAAAUGCUUCUGAAUUAUCAGCUGAUAGUGAGGAAUUCGGUUGGACACGCUAUUAUCAAUUGCAUGAAAUCGAGCAGUGGUUGGAUGGUAUUUUGGCAGCUUAUCCCACUGUCACAGAGGGCUUUGAGGUGGGAAAAUCCUAUGAAAAUCGUACCAUACGUGGUAUAAAGAUUUCCCAUAAGGCUGGUAAUCCUGGUAUAUUCAUUGAAUCGAAUAUACAUGCUCGCGAAUGGAUCACCUCGGCUACGGCUACUUGGUUUAUCAAUCAAUUGUUGACGUCCCAAGAUGAGGCUGUGCGUAAUUUGGCCGAAAGUUAUGAUUGGUAUAUAAUUCCGGUGUUUAAUGUUGAUGGUUUUGUUUAUUCACACGAAAAGGAUCGCAUGUGGCGUAAAACUCGCCAACCCGUUGAAUCAAACACUUGUAUUGGUACCGAUGCCAAUCGUAACUUUGAUUCUCAUUGGAUGGCUAAUGGUGGUGCCUCCAGCAAUCCCUGCAGUGAAACCUUUGCCGGUCCCAAGGCUUUCUCUGAACCAGAAGCUGAUGCUUUGGCCAAAUUUGUUACUUCCAUUAAGGAUAAAAUUAAUAUUUAUUUGUCUUUCCAUUCAUACGGCCAAUAUUUGUUGUCACCUUAUGGUCAUACAGCAGAAGAGUUUCCCGAAAACUAUGAUGAUAUUCUAACCAUUGGUAAGGCAUUCCAUGAUGCCAUUGCUGGUUUAGCUUACAAGACUGAAUACAGAUACGGUUCCACCUCCUCGGUGUUAUAUGUUGCUUCUGGUUCCUCGGUAGAUUGGGUUUUCAAUACUUUGGAUGUUAAGAUUGGCUACACCAUUGAAUACCGUGACAAGGGUCGCUAUGGCUUUGUCUUGCCACCCGUGCAAAUUUUGCCAAAUUGUGAGGAGCUAAUGGCCGGUAUGAUUGCUUUGAUUGGCAAAUCCAAAGAAUUGAAUUAUUUGUAAAUGUCUGUAAAUUAUUGAAAUUAUUAAAGUAAAGACUUUAUUUCAAUUAAAA